GUAAGAUGCCCCUUCAUUUGGCCGGGAGAUUCCACAAUACAUAAUUGUACAGUGCCAUCUAUGAAUUAUGGCUAGGGGUGCUGUAGUAUUAAGGAUUAUGAAGAACAUACUUGCUAAGGGAAGAAAAAAGGAUAGCGUGAAGCUAAUAAAUCACUAAGGGAAAAAAAUGAAUUAGAAUAAACACUAACCCGUCAUUAUAUUUAAAGGGACUUACCUGUAGAAGAUACAAAUGAGGAGGCUGAGGAAGAGGCAGAAUCUGUUGUUGAAGAAGAUCCAGUGCAACAACAACAACAGAAUGAGGAAGAAAGUGAAGUUCCUGAGAAUGAAGAAGACUCUUCUGAAACAUCGAUGGGUCCUCUCCCCGGCGAUUACAGCCCCAUUCCAGAGGAUUCUCAGGCUGAAGAGAUGACAGUAGAGGAGGCUGAAACGACACAAGAGCUACAGUUCAGCAGUUUUACAGCAAAGGACUUUCGCCGGAUUAAGGUUUUAGGCAGAGGAAGCUUCGGCAAGGUUCUACUAGUAGAGUAUCUUCCAGCAAACAUCUAUUGCGCUAUUAAAGUGCUCAAGAAGGACAACAUCGACUCCACUGAUGAUAUAGAACACAUUUUAACAGAGAAGCAAAUUGGACAGUUGGUGAAUCCACACAGUUUUAUAGUGGACUUAUACGCCACAUUCAGCACCAAAAACCAGCUGUUUUUCAUCAUGGAGUUUGUGGCAGGAGGCAGUUUAAGAACCCACCUGAUGAGGAGCAAGCACUUUGAUCUACAGACAACCAAGUUCUACGCUGCUUGUAUAACGCUUGGUUUAGAAGGAAUUCACAGCAAGGACGUCAUACACAGAGAUUUAAAGCCGGGGAAUCUACUAAUGGAUCAAGACGGCUACAUCAAGAUCGCCGAUUUUGGGAUGAGCAAAACUGGCAUUGGAUAUGGAGACCGCACCAACACCAUGGUUGGGAGUCCUGCUUAUAUGGCGCCCGAAGUCGUGAUGGAGGAGGAGUACUCAAGAGCCGUCGACUGGUGGGCUCUUGGCGUCAUCGUUUAUGAGAUGCUCCUCGGAACGAGACCUUUCACCGGAUACGACAGGGACUUUAUAUAUGAUUCCAUCGUGGAGGAUGAGCCACACUACCCCUCAUCCCUGGACUCCGCAGCAGUAAGCUUCAUAUCACAGGUAAGUAGCGCUGAGCUUUCAGUUUAUUAUAAUCACUGACAACUUUCCCUUGAGUUCCCUGAAGCUUCUGCUA